UCCCCCGGCUCCAGCGCCAACGGUUUAUUUUAUUUAGAACGUUGGGAAUUUGUGUUUGAUACAAAUGUUGCAGCUUGAGCCACGUGACCCGCCGGUGUACAGUGCCCGCCGCAGCUGAUGCCAGUUACACUAACAAUUACCGCACACAAAAACCGCACCCUGCCCCAUGGCCCCGCCUGUACUCCCUGCAGUGUGCAUUGUAUCUGGCAGCUCCUCACAAGGGUUAAAAAUCGUAGUAGAUUACAGCGCGCACUGACCACGCCCCUUACCCCCGCCCCUCUAGAUUUGGCGCGAACCCGGAGGCCGGCUCGGGUAUAUAUAACCCCGCUCCCUGCGCUGCGCUCCACUUUGUGCUUUGGAGUCUGCGGCAGAGAGCUCGGUGCUCAGCCCGGAUCUAGGGGGGGAGGGCGGCUGCUGCUUCUGUUUGGAUUAUUACAAGUGGACAACAUAGGACCCGGCUGGAAUUGUGGCUUGGAUUUCGGGGUCGAUUACAAAAUGCCUUUGAACGCCAACUACCCGAGCAGGAAUUACGACCUGGAUUAUGACACUAUGCAACCUGUCUUCUACUUUGACGAAGAUGAGAAUUUCUACCAGCAGCAGUACAACCGUCUGCAGCCUCCGGCCCCCAGCGAAGACAUCUGGAAGAAGUUUGAGCUCUUGCCCACCCCACCACGGUCCCCCAGUCGUCGUUCCAGCCUGUCCAGCCUUUUUCCGUCUACUGAUCAGCUGGAGCUGGUCACAGAGUUCCUGGGAGGGGACAUGGUGAAUCAAAGCUUCAUCUGUGACCAGGAUGACGAGACAUUUGUCAAGUCUAUCAUCAUUCAGGACUGUAUGUGGAGUGGUUUUUCGGCAGCGGCCAAGCUGGAGAAAGUGGUGUCGGAAAAGCUGGCAUCUUACCAGGCUUCUAGGAAGGAGAGUUCUUUAUCCUCCCAAAACCAACAGCAGCAGAGCCCACAGAAGUCUCCUACCUGCCAGGGGAACCUCAGCCCCAUAGGAACCUGUAGGACCAGCAGUGGUUAUCUACAGGACCCAAGUCCUGAAUGCAUAGACCCUUCAGUGGUCUUCCCUUACCCAUUGAAUGAAACCAUUUCCAAAGUUGGCUCUCCGUGCUUGGUCCAGGAGCUCAAUAUGGAAACGCCACCCAUCAGCAUCAACGGCUGUAGCUCUGAAUCUGAAGAAGAACAGGAUGACGAGGAUGAAGAAGAGGAGGAGGAGGAUGAGGAAGAAGAGGAGAUUGAUGUGGUCACCGUAGAGAAAAGAUACACGGCAUCCAAGAAAAACGACUCCUACUCCCACCAGUCCAGACCUCACCACAGUCCCGUAGUCUUGAAAAGGUGUCAUGUUAACAUCCAUCAGCACAACUAUGCGGCACCUCCUUCAACCAAAGUGGACUAUCCUUCCUCCAAAAGGGCGAAGCUAGAAAGCAACGGUAGAGUUCUCAAACAGAUCAGCAACAACCGCAGGUGUUCCAGUCCCAGGUCGUCCGACAGCGAAGAGAACGACAAGAGGAGGACACACAAUGUUUUGGAGCGACAGAGGCGAAAUGAACUUAAACUGAGUUUCUUUGCUCUCAGGGACCAGAUCCCCGAGGUAGCCAGUAACGAAAAAGCCCCCAAAGUAGUUAUCUUAAAAAAGGCGACAGAAUACGUCAUCUCCAUGCAGGAAGAUGAGCGGAGACUCCUACGGGAGCACGAACAGUUAAAACUCAAAAGAGAACAAUUAAAACAAAAACUCAAACAGCUCAAGAGCUCGAAUUUGUGAACUUUCUAUAGAAUAUCCUAAAAGACUUUGUUUUUUUUUUUUCUCUUUUAUUUGGAACUUUUCGACAGUCUAUUUCAAGGUUGUCGUCUUGAAUAAUCCUACAAGAUCUUGUAGACUUAUGGACAAAUGCAUGCAAAAGGAUCGAGAGAAAAAAAACAAAAACUACACAACCUUGGCUUGGUCUUCGAUUUAAAAAAAAGAUUUUGCCAGCACCUUAAAACUGCCUCAAUAUAUGAAUGAGUAUACGGGAAUACAGAACUUUUUUUUGUCGUUUGUUUGUUUGGGGAAGCAAAUGUUUUGUUUGUUUUUACAUAUCUUUGUAUUUAAAACUUUAUUUUUCUUAUAAACAGAUUCCUGAAGUUUUGCUCUAAAUAGCUUUUACAAUGAUUAUAUCCGAUGUUGCUGACGUGUAAUAAUAUCCUUAACAAAAUCUUUAUAGAUGUAACUUGUAUUAAUAUUCACUUCUAACAACUGGCAAAAAAAGAGAGAGGGGGCACGUUUUAACAUCUCCGCUUGUUUACUGCCAUUAUGCCUAUAAGUAAACUUUUUUGGUUUUGUUUCAUAUUUAAAUAUUCUAUUAUAAAAAAAGUCAUUUGGUUCAUAUUUCUAUAUUUUGAUCUGACAAAAUGCAAAUUCUGAAGACCUGAUGAAGAAUAAGAAGGUGCUGACCAACGUCAUCGUUUUAGAGCCGUGAUUUCACGUAAAGCCUAUUUCCUUUCCUCUUUUAAGGACGCGCCUGUAAGGGAUAAAGGGAAUAAGGUUCACAACUGGGUUUGUUCUCUAUAUUGAUUCUCUUAAUGAUAUUAUAACAUGCUGGUGGUCUGGAAAAAAAAAAAAAAGAAAUUCAUCAAUGUCUCUUUUAAAAGGCUUGUUUGCUUAAAUUAAACUAUAUAUAUUGGGCUGUGCCCAGGUUGAUAAUAGUAGCCUUUAACAUGGCAAGCUGUUUGGAAUAAGCUUCAGAAAAUAAAACAAAAAAAUCAAUUUAAACA